AUGGCUAAGGGUCUGAUAUGGGCAACAACCAAGGACUUGGCAAAGAAUAGAGGACGAGUCCUUUCUCUAUACCGUCAGAUAUUAAGAAGCCUCAAUUCCCCAAAACUUCCCAUGAACUUAGCAUCAAGAUUGGCCAAGAAAGCAGAGGCUCGUGCUAUCUUCAUGCUAGGCGCAGAAGAGGAAUCCCUUCACAACAUUGAGGACCUUAUUGAUACUGGUGGAUUGGAAGAAAUUUGGUACUUGAACUGUGAAAUGAAGUGUCAGGGAACUAAUAGAUAUGAAAUGAGAUGCAUUAUCAUUGUACAACGUAUGUGA